UUUGCGGCUCGGUUAGGAAGGAGUUAAGUAGAAGCCCCGCCCUCUGAGGGGCUGGGGGACGAAUGAGAGACGAGUGGGCGGGGCCGGGAUGGAAUGUUGUGAAAGUGGCCUUAGAACGCUGUGUAACAGCUGCUGCUUGGCAGCCUGAGAGAGAGAGAGAGAGAGACACAAGUAGAGAAAUAGAUGAAUAGACCCAGAUAGGUAGCUAGAAAUAAGCGCAGAGGGAUCAGAAAGAAAUGGAAAUCAAAAUAAAGAGAGAAAGAGAGAGCUCAAGAUAGACACACACAGAGAAAGAGACCAACAUAGAAGUACUGAGAGACGAAAGGCGAUCAAGCCAGAUAUGUACCCAGAAAGAAAGUCAGCAAGAGAAAAAUAGAGGAUUGGGGGAGAAAAAGAUAUUAAUGUAGUUUAAUAGAGAGUGAUAGAAGAGGAGGUGAGUGGAGAGCAAGAAGAAAUUAAUCAUGGAGUAGAGAGGAGGACACGGAAACAGAGAGAAAAUAGGCAGGCAGAGAGAAAGGUGACUGGGUACAGUAACUAGGACAUAUUCUGUAUAAAUAUGUACAUGCCAUACAGGCACACAGAGGUAGAGGGGGCUAAUUACAUAAGAUAAGACUAGAGAGCAUAGUUCUUCAUACACCCAUAGAAGUGGGAGAAAAAAAACUCCCCAUACACACACAGAAAUAACUCUCCACUCAGAGAGAAAGGGCUAACCAAAGGGGAUAAAGAGAAAGAGAGAGCUUAAUAAGAGGCAGAAAGAGCAGAGAGCUUACUCCUAAAAGACCUCCAAAAGACUCUAAUGAGACUGAGGAUGUCAGUAUAACUCUGAUCAAUUAGUGACCAAGAGCUGGUUUGAUUAUCUGUGGAAAGGGCAUGGGGACAUGCCUUCAGCACUGCGAUCUCUUUAACUGGAAAUGCUCCCCAAACACAGCAAGAAGCUAGAAGUCAAAGCUCCACAGACAGAACAAUCGAAGGAUAGCAGAUUGGAGCCCCGGCUGCUCUCUUGAAGCUCUUCAAUGGCAGUGGAAGUGGUGAUCUUUAUCUAUGGACCAUUGAAGGUAAAGGGGAGACUGAGAUUAAAAGCUGUCAGAAGUGGAAAGGAAAAGAUUUCUAAAUGAGAGCAUUAGAGUGAGCCACUCAGAGAGACAUUUAUCUGCUGCAUGCAGGAAAGUGUAAACUUUUGAUACAUAGAGAAGUCUGAAGGGGCUAGGGCAAAAAAUCCUACAUCUGAACUAAAACAGCAAAAUGUGGGGGAGCUGAUUAAAAUGACACAGAGUAUUAACCCAAGAGAAAGGAAUGGUGUAACCUUUCUCUCCAGGGGUUUAAGAGCCAGGCCAACCAGUGGUAGAAAAAUGAUUAUUGCUUAACACAGUUUCAUGCUGAAAUAAAUAUUGCAUUGUAGAAGACAGAAUCAGACAGUUUGGAAAUCUUGUACAGCGUUAAGAAAUUGAAGGGUUCAGAACCGAAUGGUGCUGGGGAAGCUUUGCUAUUAAAUCUCCAUGGGAGGAGAACAGAUUUUAAAUAAGAAAAGCAAGAAGAGUCCAAUUUGACGUGUGUGGUGCUGGAAAUGCUGGAAGAGCCUACAGGUUAAUAUAGUGCUCCGAAGUCCUGAAAGAGACAGGUUACAAAACACAUGCUCCAAAUUGCUCCCACUCCAGUUUGAAGCUGGCAUUGGCUAGUGGACUUUGGAGUGCGAACUGAGCCCACUGGAAUGAUCUUCCUUUCUGAAUCUACCUGCUGACUAAGUUCACCUACUCCUGGUUCAAAUGAGGAGUCAGGGGCCCAGGUGAACAUAUGCAGACCAGGAAGAAAUACAUUUUCAUAACUUUCUUUGCCUCUUGGCUUCUGCUUUUCUUCUUUGGAGGAGACCAACUAAGACGCCUGGCCUUCCUCACCAGAAAGAAAGCCGCAGUGCUGAAGAACUGGCCCCGCUGGACGGACAGGUCCCUCCUCAAGAGCUUUGCAGAUCCCGAAGAACUUCAGAGCAAUGGAGGCCACCACAAACAAUCUGCCAAAGCCAGAAGGGAGUCAAGAAUGAACAUCUAUAAGCACAGCAGGUGCCGCAUGGAAACUUGCUUUGAUUUUUCGAGGUGUGAGAAACAUGGUUUCAAGGUCUUUGUCUACCCCAUGGAGAGAGAGGACUCGGUGUCAGAAAGUUAUCUCAAAAUAAUCACAUCCAUUGAGGAGUCCCAAUACCACACCUCCAACCCAGAAGAAGCCUGCCUCUUUAUCCUAAAUAUUGAUACUUUGGAUAGGGAUCAUCUCUCCAUCCAGUACGUUCACAGCAUCAACGAUAAAAUCCAAGGUUUCCCUCUAUGGAAUGACGGCCAAAACCAUCUGAUAUUUAAUCUUUACUCAGGCACCUGGCCGAAUUACACAGAGGAUCUGGGCUUCGACAUUGGCCAGGCCAUCCUGGCCAAGGCAAGUUUUUAUGUUGAGAACUUCAGGCCCGGCUUUGAUAUCUCCAUCCCUUUGUUUUCGAAGGAGCAUCCUCAGAAGGGUGGAGAGAGGGGCUGGCUGUACCAGAACUCUGUGCCUCCUAAGAAAAAGUACAUGUUGGCUUUUAAAGGGAAAAGGUACCUGACUGGCAUUGGUUCUGACACCAGGAAUGCAUUACACCAUAUCCAUAAUGGCAAGGAUAUCAUCUCCCUGACCACCUGCAAACAUGGCAAAGACUGGGAGAAACACAAGGACAUACGCUGUGACAAGGAUAACUCUGACUAUGAAAAGUUUGACUAUCAGGAGUUGCUGCACAACUCCACCUUCUGCAUCAUCCCCCGCGGCAGGCGGCUGGGCUCCUUCCGCUUCCUGGAAGCACUGCAGGCUGCUUGCAUCCCAGUGCUGCUCAGUAACGGCUGGGAGCUGCCGUUCUCCGAAGUGAUCGACUGGAGUAAAUCGGCCAUUGUCGGGGACGAGAGCUCCUCCUGCAGGUUCCCUUCCACCGUGCGCUGUAUCCCUAGUGACAAGAUCCUGGCGUUCCAGCAGCAAACCCAGUUCCUGUGGGAAGCAUAUUUCUCCUCUGUGGAGAAAAUAGUGCAAACCACCCUUGAGGUGAGCCACAAGCUUCUGGAUCGGGUAUUUCGUCGAGAAUCCCCGCUCCAAGUUCUUGUGGACACCCUGCCUGGGGGACUGCUGGCUCUGCCGGAGUAUUACCACCUCGGCGACUUCCCUUUCUACCAUCUGCAGCAUGGGUCCAGCCCCUCUGGCAAGUUCACAGCUUUCAUCCGGGCCGUCUCCCCUGUGGUCUCCCUCUCCCAGCCCAUCCUCAAGCUCAUCCAGGCUGUCUCCAGAUCCCAGCACUGCGCCCAGAUCCUAGUCCUGUGGAGCUGCGAGAAGCCUCCCCCACCGAGGGGGAAAUGGCCCCAGACCGCAGUGCCUUUGACAGUCAUUCACGGUCGGCGGAAAGUAAGCGACCGUUUCUUCCCGUACUCGGCCAUCGGGACAGAUGCGGUGCUGAGCCUGGAUGAACACACCAGCCUGUCGACCAGCGAGGUUGACUUUGCCUUUGUGGUGUGGAGGAGUUUCCCUGACCGCAUUGUUGGGUUCCCCAUGCGGAGUCACUUCUGGGAUUCCAGCCAGAGCCAGUGGGGCUACACCUCCAAGUGGACCAACGAGUUCUCCAUGGUUCUCACCGCAGCUGCGUUCUAUCACAGGUAUUAUCACAGUCUCUUCACCAAUUACCUGCCUGCCAGCCUGAAGAGCCUGAUUGAUCAGCUCUCCAACUGUGAAGACAUCCUGAUGAACUUCCUAGUGUCUGCCGUCACCAAGCUACCUCCCAUCAAAGUGACCCAGAAGAAGCAGCACCAGGAGAGGUCUAAGAGUGUGGCCGUCUCCAGCGGGAACCUGCAGUUCUCCCAGCGCCAGGACUGCCUCAACCAGUUCGCAGCCUGGUUUGGCUACAUGCCACUGGUGCACUCGCAGCUCCGCCUGGACCCUGUGCUGUUCAAGGACCAGGUGUCCGUGCUGCGCAAGAAGUACCGGCACUUAGAGAAACCCUAGCGCCAGGGAGAGCCCAGCAGAGCCCUUGGGAAGCAGAGCUGGAGAGGAGGCAGCCGCUGUGCUGGACGUAUUAUUCCCAUGCUCCUAGGAUACCGGACUGAGCUGGGAUUCCAGUGCUACAGACUUUAACGUUACUGAUCUAGCCGCCGUUACAGCCACGCGAACGGGAAUCCCAGUGGGGCCUGGGGAAGCAUUCCUUGCUUAGACCUCUCUAAUGCUGGGCUCUGAGUGGGAUACACUCACGUUAACAGUAGCUGGCGAGAUACUGGAAGGAAUUGCGGUCUUUAUUGGGUUUUACCAGUACAAAUAAAGGUUUGCAGGAACGACGGGCUCUUCCAUUUCU